AGCUUGAACGAUGGAAACGUUCUCUCUCAUUUUCUAGUGAAGAAAAUGUCUGUUGGACGCUCCGUCACUGAUAAGUAGACAAAAGCCACUCUCUCACGCACUCCCUCACUCCCCAUCCCUCUCUCUCUCUCUCUCUCUCUCUCUCUCGCAGGGACUAACAAUGGCGACUUCACCCUUUCCUGUAACCUCUACUCGAACAAAUGCCUUCACACGCUGCAAUUCCAUGUCUAGAUUCUUAGAUUUCAGUUCCAGGAACAGCAACUUCAAGCUGCUAUUCGUCAGAACCUCUACUUCCCAGCAUUUCAGAACAUCUCUCGUUGUCAGGAACAUCGCCAGUGAUCAGACACAAAUAUUGAAGGAUGCUGUCACUGAAGAAGAAGUUGCAACUCCUCUGGAUUCCUUCACGCCUGAUUCCGCGUCUAUCGCAUCAAGUAUCAAGUUCCAUGCUGAAUUUACACCUUUGUUCUCUCCGGAGCGCUUUGAUCUCCUUAAGGCUUAUUUUGCAACUGCUCAAAGUGUUCGUGACUCGCUCAUCAUAAAUUGGAAUGCGACAUAUGACUAUUAUGAGAAGAUGGAUGUGAAACAGGCCUACUAUUUAUCCAUGGAAUUUCUACAGGGUAGAGCGUUGCUCAAUGCAAUUGGUAAUUUGGAGCUCACUGGCCCUUAUGCGGAGGCUUUGAGCAGGCUCGGAUACAGCCUGGAGAAUGUGGCAAGACAGGAACCAGAUGCUGCCCUUGGAAAUGGUGGUCUAGGCCGACUGGCAUCCUGUUUUUUGGAUUCUCUAGCGACAUUGAAUUACCCUGCCUGGGGUUAUGGACUUAGAUACAAGUAUGGCUUAUUUAAGCAGAACAUUACAAAAGAUGGUCAGGAGGAAGUUGCAGAGAAUUGGCUUGAGAUGGGAAAUCCUUGGGAAAUUGCUAGGAAUGAUAUUUCAUAUCCUAUCAAGUUCUACGGCAAGGUUGUCAUAGGAUCAGAUGGGAAGAAACAUUGGGUUGGAGGCGAAGAUAUACAGGCUGUCGCAUAUGAUGUUCCCAUUCCUGGAUAUAAAACUAAAACUACAAUCAACUUUCGACUAUGGUCCACAAAAGUGUCAUCAGAUGAGUUUGAUUUACUUGCCUUUAAUGCAGGGGAGCAUGCCAAAGCAUAUGAGGCACAUACAAAUGCUGAGAAGAUUUGCUACGUAUUGUACCCUGGGGAUGAGUCAAUGGAAGGAAAAAGUCUGCGACUGAAACAACAAUACACACUGUGCUCUGCUUCUCUUCAAGAUAUUAUUGCUCGUUUUGAGAGGAGAUCUGGAGAGUCUGUGAACUGGGAUGAAUUUCCUGAAAAGGUUGCAGUACAGAUGAAUGACACUCACCCAACACUCUGCAUUCCAGAGCUGAUGAGAAUAUUGAUAGAUAUAAAAGGCAUGCGGUGGGAGGAAGCUUGGAAUAUUACUCGAAGGACUGUUGCUUACACAAACCACACUGUUCUACCUGAGGCUCUGGAGAAAUGGAGUUUGGAGCUCAUGCAGAAAUUGCUUCCUCGACAUGUUGAGAUUAUAGAAAUGAUUGAUGAGGAGCUAAUUCAUACCAUAAUUGCUGAGUAUGGUAUAAAGGAUACUGACAUACUGCAGAAGAAACUGAAAGAGAUGAGGAUUUUAGACAAUGUUGAUUUACCAGCCUCUGUCCUAGAUCUAUUCGUAUCAGAGGAAACCUCUGCUGCUGAUUCCAGUGAAGAAGUUGAAGGAUCCGUUGAAGAAGUUGAAGGAUCUGUUGAAGAAGUUGAAGGAUCCGUUGAAGAAGUCGAAGGAUCCGUUGAAGAAGUUGAAGGAUCCGUUGAAGUUGAAGGAUCCGUUGAAGAAGUUGAAGGAUCCAUUGAAGAAGUUAAAAGUUCUGAUGCAGAGAUUGAAUCCAGUGAUGGAGAAGAUGAAUCUGAAGGAAAUGACACCAAGAAGAAGCAACCUGUGUUUUUAAAACCGGAUCCAAAACUGCCAAAGGUGGUCCGAAUGGCUAAUCUUUGCGUUGUUGGUGGCCAUGCCGUAAAUGGGGUUGCUGAGAUUCAUAGUGAAAUUGUUAAAGCAGAGGUCUUUAAUGACUUCUAUAAGUUGUGGCCUGAGAAAUUUCAAAAUAAAACAAAUGGUGUGACACCAAGAAGAUGGAUACGUUUUUGCAAUCCAGAUCUAAGUAAAACCAUAACCAAGUGGGUUGGUACAGAAAACUGGGUCCUUGACACUGAGAAGCUGGCAGAACUCCGAAAGUUUGCAGAUAAUGAAGACCUACAAACUGAGUGGAGGGCAGCAAAAAGGAGCAAUAAGGCGAAAGUUGUAUCAUUAAUAAAAGAAAAAACAGGUUAUAAUGUCAGUCCUGAUGCAAUGUUUGACAUACAGGUGAAACGCAUCCAUGAAUACAAGCGCCAAUUAUUGAAUAUCAUGGGCAUUGUUUACCGCUACAAGAGGAUGAAAGAAAUGAGUGCUGAAGAAAGGAAAGAAAAGUUCGUUCCUCGAGUAUGUAUGUUUGGAGGAAAAGCAUUUGCCACAUAUGUGCAAGCUAAGAGGAUAGUGAAAUUCAUCACAGAUGUUGGGGCUACAGUAAAUCAUGAUUCAGAAAUAGGAGAUUUAUUGAAGGUCGUUUUCAUCCCUGAUUACAAUGUUAGCGUUGCAGAAUUGCUUAUACCUGCAAGCGAGCUUUCUCAGCACAUCAGUACUGCUGGGAUGGAGGCCAGUGGAACCAGCAACAUGAAAUUUGCAAUGAAUGGUUGUGUCCAGAUUGGGACCUUGGAUGGGGCCAAUGUUGAAAUAAGGCAAGAGGUUGGAGAAGACAACUUUUUCCUCUUUGGUGCACAAGCUCAUGAGAUUGCAGGCCUGAGGAAAGAAAGAGCUGAGGGCAAGUUUGUGCCAGACCCUCGAUUUGAAGGAGUCAAGGCAUUUGUCAGAAGUGGUGUUUUUGGACCCUACAACUAUGAUGAACUCAUGGGAUCUUUGGAAGGGAAUGAGGGUUAUGGGCGUGCAGAUUAUUUCCUUGUUGGCAAGGACUUCCCUAGUUACCUGGAAUGCCAAGAGAAAGUAGAUGAGGCCUACCGAGACCAAAAGAGAUGGACAAAAAUGUCAAUUUUGAAUACAGCUGGUUCGUACAAGUUCAGCAGUGAUCGGACAAUCCAUGAAUAUGCAAACGAUAUAUGGAACAUCAAACCUGUUGAGUUACCCUAGGAUGUUUAUAUCCGGUGGUGAGCUCAAGGUUUUCCAUGGGUAUUCCUAUUGGGGGUUUACCUAUUUCUUGCCGUCUGUAAUAUAAUUUCCUUGAUGCUUGAGUUGUAAAGGUAUCAAAGCAGUAGCUCGUAUAAUAGUAGAAGAGGUGAACGGCACUUCUAAAAAUUGGUAGUCUUAUGUAACUCCUUGCAUUUUGUUGGAUUAAUAAAAUUUUAAUUCCUUUACCA